AUGAGUGGAAACCAACAAAUAUGGCGAGAUAUCAAUACAGAUAAAACCUACCUUAUUGAUAGCAAUAAUGGAGCCCAGAAAAAGGUCCAGAGUAAUGGACAGAAUCUCAAAUAAGUAUAAGCCAGGUAUAACUGGCUUUGUAAAUGCUCAUACGAGGAAAAGGAUCGUUGGCAAGGAAAAAGAAGGCCUACAUAGCCUUGGCAUCACUCUGAAUCACUAUGUACCCCAGCCUAAUAAAUUUGAAGGCUAUUCUAGCUUCCCAAGACCUGUCAGUCGGCCUUAUGUUAAUAAAGCUGAAUUCUUUAAAAUGAAUGUGCUCAAGAAGCCCAAAGGACUUAAGCAAGAUAAGUUUUUGAGCAUUAAAAAUAAGAGUAUGAAUAGAAAGGAUGAGAAUUAUAAAAGUAAUAAUGUCGGAACGACCUUCUUGACUGCCAAAAGAGCCCAAAGUCAAAAUAAUAAGACUCAGGUUAUCAAGGAUUUUGAAAGCAGCAAACUCGUAAAAUCUGCGAUUGCUGAUGAAGAUCCUUCCUUCUCUAAAGGUAAAAAGAUGAUUAUUAACAAAAUGAUCACUCUGCGAAAAGCCAUCUCCAAAAAUUCAGAAAGAGAGAUCCAUGGACGUACACUAAAACAACCUCUAAAUCAAACAAUCACCAACUUAGACUUGUCCAAAACUCACACAUCCUUCUCCAGAGCCGGUUCUCUCCAAAGAAGAGAUAAGAUGUCUAUCACUACCUAUGGCAGCAACUUCGGAAACCCUCCUAAAUCAACAACCUCUCAGAACAUGUAUACUUCUCAGAGAAUUCCUAAAUUCACUCAGCUCCGCUUAAGGACUGCAGAUCCUACCAAAACUGCUUAUACCUCAAUCCAGGGUAAAAGAACAGGAAUAAUGAGCACAAAGUUUUCCCCGAAGAAGCUGAAGCCUUUCUUGGAAUACUCUCUUCAUGGGUUGAGAGGAUCUCCCUCGAACAUUCUCCAGAAGAUGAAGGAUCCCUCUGGUGGCCUUCCCAAGACUGGGAAAGAUCCGAAAGGAGCCAAGGUUGAAGAGACAAUUAAGAAACCGGAUGAAGGCUCACUGCUUCUUGAGAAUUUAUCCGAAUCUAGCGAAGGAGAUACCCAAUUCAGGGUUAAUAACAUUGCUCAAGAAGAAAUUGAAGCUAAUAUGUUCACGAAUCCUCCUCCUGUGAGACAGAAGAACUCAGUAAAACCCAGAAUGGUGUUUACAAAUGCAAUUAUUAAUACAAUGCCCGGGCAAUUUAAAAUCGAUAGAAUUUGGAAAGUUAAAUCAAAUCCAAUGUUCCAGCAGCAAGAAAGUGAGUAUAUCCUAAAGGAUAAAAAGAUGCUUGAAAAGCGUCGUUAUGGUAAAGUGCUAAAAAAUAUGGCUCUUCAAAGAGAGCUUGAAAUUACAAGCAAGAAGAUAGAAAAGGAAUAUAAAAAAAGAAUGUACUAAAUUAUUCUAGAAAGAGCUUAUAGACUACCAUGAGCCAUCUAAAAAUGAUUUAAAACUUAA